AGGAGAAUGGACUCUGAGGGACCAAGAGACAUUUUGAGGAAGUAACUCUACAGAGGGGAAGAUGUGGGGCAGUUGUGCAAACCAACCUUUUUUUUUUUCUCACCUUUGCGAAAUUGUGGACAUCACGCCUGCGAGAGAACAGAGAGAUAUGAAGGUGUUGGUGGUUGGGUGACUUUUUUUUCACUUCAGUGCUGUCUCUUUUCUUGUGCAGCAGAGCAUAGUACAGCACAGCGUCCUGUCAGGAGGUAUGCCUGUAUGCCUCCUUGUUCACUGGCUGAGGUGGAGGAAGGAAGGAGAGAAAGUACCAAACAGAGGUGUAUUUUAAGCCACUGUUUGCAUGUGGGAAGUGAAACUUUAGCGCUAGUUUUUAGUUUUUCUCCUUGACCUCAUCUUUUCAUACACCUCAUUUUCUGUCGCCACUGUUUCGACCACCACGCUCUGCCCCACCGGCUUGGACACAGCAUGGACUGCCCGGCCGCUGGUGAACGGAGGUCCGGUGUGAGACAUGUUGCCUCUGAGAGAAGAGAAAAAGCUGCCUGUUUCCAGACCAAGAACGGUGAUGAAGAGGCCUGUGUGGCGGUGAAAAUUGAACACUCCAGAGCUCUAGGCAGUAGCCCAGCGUGCGAGCGCAACAACCCACCCAGCGUGCAGGCGUGUCUGAAUCGGGCAAGCGGUGGAACGACUGACAAGAGCAAGGGAGGAGUCAAUGGAAGAGGCCCUGGCAGCAGGCCUCGGCUGCAGUCUAAACCACAAGUGCCUCCAAAGCCACUGCAUCUUCAGAGUCCGGUGACGGAGCUCUCGUCCCCGCUGGGCCGCAUCCAGAGACCACAGUUAAGACCAGGCAUGGAAGAGGGAGGUGGAGGAGGGGGAGGAGGAGGAGGAGUAGGAAGAGGGGCUGUGAACCGGGAGAGACCCAGGGAGAAACACUCCAAAGUGUCAGACCUGAUCAGCCGCUUUGAGGAGAACAGCAACGUAGAGCACAAGAGAGACAGCUCGCCGCUCAAGCAAGCCAUCAGCAAGUCGAACAACUGCAGCCCAGCCCACCACCCUCAACCGAGGCAGACGGAGAGCGACAGGAAUAGGGAGAACCACUCCUCCGCACCGGCCGCCCAACACAAGGAUGAUCACACACCGGCGGCCAACGGGGUGCUAGCGCAGAUGGAGCAGGACAAGGAGAAGGAGGACAAAGAGGAGAAUGGAAGUGUGAGGAUAGAGACUGCCGGGCUGGUAAACGGAGAUAUGGGGGACGGGAGAACAGAGCAGGAUGAGGAUCAUUCACCUCCACAGAUGGACAGGACUGACACAGAGAGCCACACUAAGAAUGAGGACAGUGGGACUACAACAGAAAGUGAGCACAGGAAUGAAGAAGGGAGCGCAGACCAUAAGGAGACGAAUGAACAGAAGCUGUUUAAGAUUGCCAGCGAGCUCUUGCAGACAGAGAAGGCCUAUGUAGCAAGACUUAACUUGCUGGACCAGGUAUUCUGUGCUAAGCUGAUGGAGGAGGCUAAUAAGGGAACUUUCCCUGUGGAUGUAGUGAAGAACAUCUUCUCCAACAUCGUCUCCAUCCACGCCUUUCACAGCCAGUUCCUGCUUCCAGAUCUGGAGAAGCGCAUGGGAGAAUGGUCGUCCACACCUCGCAUCGGGGACAUCCUGCAGAAACUAACACCCUUCCUCAAGAUGUACGCAGAGUAUGUGAAGAAUUUCGACAAGGCCAUGGAGCUGCUCAAACAGUGGACUGACCGUUCGCCACAAUUCAAGGCCAUCAUUCAGGAGAUACAGAGUCAAGAGGUCUGCGGCUGCCUGACGCUUCAACAUCACAUGUUAGAGCCCGUGCAGAGGGUCCCCCGGUAUGAGAUGUUGCUCAAAGACUAUCUGAAGAAGCUGCCUCAGGACGACCCCGACCGACGAGAUGCAGAAAAAUCAUUAGAAAUCAUUGCCAUGGCAGCUACUCACUCCAACAGCGCCAUACGAAAAUCUGAGAAUCUGAAGAAACUGUUGGAGAUAUACGAGAUGCUGGGUGAGGAGGAGGACAUCGUUCACCCCUCUAACGAGUUCAUCAAAGAGGGCCACAUCCUGAAGCUGGCAGCCAGGAACACCUCGGCCAUGGAGAGAUACCUCUUCCUGUUCAACAACAUGCUGUUGUACUGCGUGCCCAAAUUUAGCCUGGGAGGCCCUAAGUACACGGUGAGGACGCGGAUCGGCAUCGACGGCAUGAAGGUCCUGGAAACAACCAAUGAGGACUACCCUCAUACCUUCCAGGUGUCAGGGAAGGAGAGGAUGCUAGAGCUACAGGCCAGCUCAGAGCAAGACAAGGCAGACUGGAUUAAGGCUUUCCAGGAGACCAUUGAGAUCUUCCAGCAGAAAAACGAGUCAUUCAAGAACGCAUUAAAAGACGUGGAGGAAGUGUCGAAAGCAGAGCUGGGGAAGCGAGCCCCUCGCUGGAUCCGCGACAAUGAAGUGACGAUGUGCAUGAUGUGCAAAGAGCCUUUCAACGCUCUGACACGGCGGAGACACCACUGCAGAGCCUGCGGCUAUGUGGUGUGCUGGAAGUGUUCAGACAACAAAGUUCCGCUGGAAUACGAUGGCAACAAGAUGAACAAAGUCUGCAGAGACUGCUUCUCCAUCCUGACUGGAGAGAGGGUAGCCGAGGGCAAGAAGAAGGGCAUCCUGGAGAUCGAGGCAGCUCAGUUCUCAGGCAGCAGCAUCAUGUGCGGCUUCCUGCAGUACUGUGAGAAGAACAAACCCUGGCAGAAGGUGUGGUGCGUCAUCCCUGAAAAGGAAUGUCUGGUGCUUUACCUCUACGGAGCUCCGCAGGAUGUGAAGGCCCAGUGUACAAUCCCCCUCCUGGGGUAUUCUGUGGAUGAUACUGUCCGGCCCACGGAGCCCCCGGCCAGCUUCCGUCUCUCCCAGUCUAAGUCCGUCCACAACUUCGCAGCUGAAAGCGAGGAGCUCAAGCAGCGCUGGCUGAAAGUCAUCCGAGUGGCUGUGACAGGAGAGAUGCCAGAGUGCCCUCAGACCAACGGCGGCAACGCAAACAUGAUGGACAACAACAACACGCAAGAGGCGGCCACCGAUAGCACAUAAGGCGGCAUUUCCUGCAAGCAAAAACUGCUGUCGGACUUUUCUACAAGCAAACUGCUGUUGUGUUGCUCAAGAAAGACAGGGUGUGCAGAUGUGUGCUGCACAAACAAAAUACAAAUGCACACUUCUCCAUGAUGUCCUUGAAUCUGAAUCGUUAAAGUGGAAAAAUCAGUGCUGGAUAAGCUGCCUUUUCUUGUCACACUCCUGUUCCCACGAUUCAUACUGGAUUUUCUCAUAAACCCAACUUGAUUCACUGCUAGAGCUGUGCUGGAUUACUAAAGGACAUCUCUGGUACAAUCAACACUAGAGUAGAGGGGCCUCAGGACUGAUCGACUUCCCUCAAACAGGCACUAUUGCAGACAGCUCAAACUCAGUCUUCAUGGACUGUCAACUCCUCUUGAGCCAGUGGACUACGACAGGACUUACACAGCACUCUGUACAGGAUGUGAAUCAAAGGAAAAGGACAGUACAAACUAUGUCUGCUGGUGCUGUAACACAGCUCUAUGUACAUGUACAGUUUAAAUGUUUUUUUGUUUGUUUGUUUUCUUCGUUUCAAAAAGGAACAGUUAUGUUUUUAAUGUACUGAAUUUAGUCCUGAACUUUAUUUCUAUAACACAGAAGACCAUCUAAGUAUGAUACAAACUAUUCACAGUAUUCCCCACUUUUUCUUUGCUUGAGUAGAUGGUUCCAAAACUGGGAAAAUGAUUUUGCAGUUGGAAUAAUGAUGGUCUCAUCUCUCGCUCUCAUCCAUCAGUGAAAAUGAAUCAGCAGUCUAAUCAAACUCCGGAUGCACGUUGGCCGAUGUGUCUGUCUGCUCUGCAGCUGGUUGCACCUAUCCUGUAGUGGGCCACAUUUUUUUUUAUGAAUCUGAAUAUCGAACCGGUUUUUGAUAUAUACAGACAGCUCACCACAGAAUAGAGACUACUGAGCCUAAAAAUACCAGCUUCAUAAUGGCUCAUAGAGGUGGGUGAUAAGGAUAAAAUGCUAUAUAAAAUAACCAAAUGUGAAUGUCUAUUUUAGGCUCCUCUAGUUAACGAAUACCUGACAAAUCAAUGUGCUUCAUUGCAUCGAUACAACAUUUAUCCUGUAAAUCCAAUACUUCAAAUCAGUCCUGCUCAUUGACAACGGCAACCAGAGGUUAAUAAAACAGGUAUAUAUUAGGGGCACUCCAGUGAUUUGUCAAGCCCACAAAGUUGGGAAAAUUGAGGAAGACAGAUUUUAAAAAGUAGUAAAAUUUAAAGUUGCAGAGGACCAAAUCCCUAGAACAGUCAAGCUUGAAAAAUGCUGAAUCCUACAGUUCCCAUAAUGCAACUCAGCAGCACCUUUAAAUUAGACUUUGCUAAAUAUCCCUUCUUUGGCCAGUUUCUAUCACAGACUUUCUGUCAAAUAUUGACACUUGACUUAGAGAGCACAGCUUGAGCUGUGCUCUGUAAGUCAAGUGGACUCCAUGUGUAAAAUCUGUGGAGCACCCCUUUAAAGGUAUUGUUGCCUUAGUAGAAACAAUGUAGCAAACUGACAAACCCCUGUGGUCUUACAAUAAGUUGUAUCACACAUCACCCAACCCUGUGGCCUGCACAGUGCAGUUUGUAUUAAAAUGCCACAUUACAAUCAUGUACUCUAAUCCAAUGUAGUAAAUGAUGGAUGAUAGUCCUUAAUGUGCAUAACUGAGGAUGAAUAACAAAUGGUAGUUCAACUACAUAACAGUCAUGGACCUCAAUUCAUGUAGAGAGAGGUGAACAGGGAUCCUCAUUAUCUUUGUGUGGCAGUUUUCGAUUUAGAUGCAAAUGCAAAUGCAGCACAAUCACAGAUAUAGCAAGCUGGUGCAACAUGUGUAUAUGUGUUUUUAAUUCUGUAAUUAUAAUUUAAAAAUUAUUUAUAGAGUAUGAUGAGCAUGAUCUGUUUAAAGUAGCACAGAUUUGUUCCCUUACUGUCUACUAAGAAGUGCAGUAGGUAGAUCUUAUUUUUUCUGCGAGCAGAUGUUUUUCCACUAACCAUUCAUAGUGCUGGAUGGACUGUGGGUGGGUAGAGGGGGUGUGUGCCUAUAUUCUCCACAGUGAGCGUCUUCAUUCACAUGGUCCCGUUCCCUCUGUACUCGAUGCUGGUGCUCACCCGAGUCUCACUCCUCUGAACUCUUUCCCCUCCUUCAGUAUUCAAAUAAAAAAAAAAACAUCAAGAGCACAAAACUUCCUCGUCUGUAAGAUCUGAAUGUAUAUCCAGAUUUUUAUGUGUCCUCUUAUCCCCUCCCCAAAGGUUUGAGAAUCUACGCACUUUACACUCCUAUAAAGUGUACCUUCAAAGAUUAAAUAUGCUUUAUGUGCAUCUA